UUCUUGCUCAGCCAAACAAGCCGGCCGCUGCCCAAUUUCCGGCCAGCAGCGCCAGCGUCCGCCCUGCUAGCAGAGCAGGAGACCUCUCCCAAGCCAACGAAGACGCCUCCGCCGUCUCUUCCCUUUCGAGUCGGGCAUGGUUUUGACCUUCACCGACUGGAGCCGGGCUACCCGCUAAUCAUCGGUGGCAUCAAAAUCCCCCAUGACCGCGGAUGCGAAGCUCACUCGGACGGGGAUGUGUUGCUUCACUGCGUGGUAGAUGCUAUUUUGGGUGCAUUGGGGCUUCCGGACAUUGGGCAAAUUUUCCCUGAUAACGAUCCUCAAUGGAAGGGCGCUGCUUCCUCCGUGUUCAUUAAAGAGGCUGUGAGUUUCCAUGUUCUUUCAGUCACCUCCAUCCACACCACAACUUCUUGA